AGCGGAACGCUCUGCGUGCAUGUGUAUCGAAACUGUCAAUUCACAACAGUUAUUCGGCCGCAUUUCGUAUGGUGUUCGUUUUUUUACGUUUUUGUUUUCAUUCAGUUGAGUUAAAGCCGUUGACGAGGUUAGACGUAUUUUGUAUUUGUUACAUGCGCGCGUUUAACAAAACAACAAUUUUUUUUUAAAACAAAAAUAUAUAGACAAAAAAAAACCAUUUUCAUAUUAAUACUAUCUAUUUAGCCGUUCAUAAGCAAAAUGAAAAAAAAUAGAUGUAACAUUGUAACAUAUACAUAAUCCGCGUAAGAAAAUAGAUUUCUCGAUGAAAUAAUUUAUAAGAUAAUUUAAAGAAGAAGUAAAAAAAAAGUAAGAAGCAGAAGCAAAACAAAGAGAAAGAAAUAGUUAUACAGAAAUUAAAACAAUUGAAAGCCACAGCAACAAAUUGAAAAUCACAAGAAUUUGGAUACGAGCAAAAUAAAUUUCGAAAAAAAAGAAACAAGCAAAAGAAAGAGACAGAAACAGACAAGGAAAACAUCAUACUACCGUGCAUUUUUAUUCAUCUCUCGUCAGCAGAAAAGAGAGUCAGUGAGUGAGAGAAGCAGAGAAAAAAAAUCACAUAGUGAAUGAAACAAAAAAAGAAUCUGCGGACACCAACCAAACAUUAUUUUACCGCGAAUCGAUUGGAGGGAAGUUGACGAACAAUCACUUAAAAUAUCGUAAUAAUCUCCUGGUACCAGACUGCCAAAUACAAUAAAUUUGAAACUGCGUUCGGUAAUAUAAAAGAGCGGAGAGCGAGCAAGCAAUCAAGAGAAAGAAAAUAGGGAAAAAAGGCGACCACAAGAGCUAAAGUGAAUUUUUUCGUGCCUGUGAAUGCUGUGCGAUCAUCAGUUCAUACAAUAGGUCAUCGACUGCACAACUUUAUUCGUAUCGGCAUCAUCUAAUUGUGAAUGUUCGAUAGUGAGUAUAACACGAACGAGUAAGAGAGAGAGAGAGAGAUACAGAACACAUACAGAAUCAUUAGGCAACGCGCUGAAUCACCGAGACCAAGCAGGCUGGUUCAUUUCGUUAAAUUGUGUGUGAAUGUGUAUGCGUGUAAACGAAAUACAUUAUCAAAAAUGCUGUCGAUGCUCUAUAUUCACAAUUUGUGUUUAGACAUCGAAACAACAAUAUCAGCAGCGACUGCACCAUCAACAAAAAAAGCAGUAACAGCGAACCUGAUCAGAUUUGCGUCUACAAGCGCUUGAAAAUCAAAAAGGAAAAAAAGAACAACGCCAAAAAAGCUUUGUAUAUAUAGAUAUAUAUAUAAAUUCAAUUCGGUUGUUGUUUGCCGGAGAGAGAGAGAGAGAGAGAGAGGAGAGAACAAUUGAGAACGAAGUAGAGAAUAUGAACGGCAAUACACACAUUGCGGUUGCUACUAGUAUCUGGCUGAAUAAAAUGUCAGCAAAGACGGAGAACGAGAGCGAACCAUCCGAGCUGUGCAUGUGAAAUUGAAUAGACAAAGCUAAAUCGAAGCGGCGCACGGCGCACACUUCCAUUUCCACAUACAAACAUAUUUCGAUAUAUAUGUAUAUAUACGGAUAUUUAUUGAAGAAAAGCAAAGUGAGCAACACACUUGGAAUCAUUGCGACUUCAAAAGAUACACAAUCGGCCAACCACAUGCUACUACAUCCGACUGCUUAUGGCACGAAUGCUAUUUAACCAAUGUGCAACAGGAAGCCAAUGUCAAACGUGAAUUCGCUCAAAAUUUCACUGACGACAAAAAAGCAGCAGCAACAACAACAAACACAGUGUGUGUGCGUGACGAAAACAGAUCAAAUGGACCCGUGGUUAAUCACAAAUAUUCACAAUUCGCAUAUCAAUUGAUAUUUGCUCUCUUGAGAAAAACGCAAAGAGUGUAAGACGUAACGACGACAACGCAAAAGCGACAUAAACAAAACAAACAAACUCGUUUUCAUGUGUAAUAAAGUGAUAUGGAGUGCAAGUUUAAAGAGCCAGUUUAGAGUAAAUGCACAUCAAUUGAACACAUAUUCAUUUAUUUCCAUUCUGAAUAGUACUUGUAACUGCUUUUGUUGUCUGCGUGCACAUAUGAAUCGAAAUAUACACCAAAAUUGAGUCAAUGUGUGCAUGAAAAUUCUUGCUCAAACAAAUAAAUAAACAAUUUAUUCACUAUUUAGAAGGACAUUAGUCCACAACACAAAAUAAUAAUAACUAAAACAGCAGCAGUAACAACAAUAACAACAACACAAACUGACACACGCACCAUACAUUUAUUUAUAUAUAUAUAAAUAUAUAUAUUUUUUACCAAGUGUAGUGACGAGAAAGAGAGAAAAAAAAGAAAAAUAGAAAUCACCACAGUGUCAACAACUGCAAACAACAAUUGUACUCAAGACUGAUUGCUGAUAAAUGAAAUUGAAAUUUGUAGCUACUUCGUGCACACGGAGAUUUGAGAUCUGAUCUUGUGCUUCAUUGUGUGUUUAGUGCAAUUUAUGGAGAGAAGAGAAGAAAAAGAGAGAGAGAGAGAGAAAAGUAUAUAUUUGAGUGAUGAUAAUAUACGUAUGUUCAUAUAUGUAUAAUGCAACCAAUGUGUAAUAUUCGUAACGAACUGUACUGAAUUAUUAUCGGAGAAAGGAAAUUUCAGUGUGUUCCGCAGUAUGGUCAUUUAACGGUUCAAUAGAUAAAAAGAAAAGUGUCACAUAACAAUCAAACAGUGUGACGACGACGACGACAAAAAAAAGUUAUAGAAAAGAAAAGAGAAAAGAAACGGUGACCAAUACUAUUACAAGUGAUUAAUUAAAGAAGAAAAAGAAAACGUCGCAAAAAUUUACUAAUUGCUAUGUCAUCUGACUGCAAAUGCUCAAAUUUCGGAUUGAUUUGAUUAUGGAAUAGGAUCGAAUUGGAUAAAAUCGCACAAAUGGCGGAAAUCGAUAAAAUCGAAACGACUGACAAUGGGUCCACUCCAAAUCAAGAGAAUUCGUGUCCGUCCUCGUCGAGCGAGACAUCGAUAGCACCAAGUACUUCCGACGAAGAAAAAAUGGAAAAGAAGGUCACAAGCUGUAGCGACGAUAGCGAUGAACCGCAGGCGAUAGUCGCGACAGUAGUAGAUGUUAGCUCAAAAAUUUCCAACAAACCAAUGGAUGAAAAAUCGCUCAUUCAAAUGGAAUCGCAUCAGCAGUUACCGUCAUCAUCGACUGAAGCAUCCAAUGGAAUAGCCGGCACCACCGAUAACGAAACAAUGGAAACAGACGCUGCUCAUGUGGGUGAGUCAUUGACCGGUACAGUGCGUGCCGUCGAUACCAACAAUAAGGAUACCGAACAGGAGAAUCGAGUUGAUUGUACGGCUGAUUCAUCGGGUGUUAUUAAUAAAUGCGACUUAAUGACGACCAACGAUGUGCUCAUCACUGAUGAGGCUACACCCUCUAUACAUACGGAGAGUGCGCCCGAAGAAUCAACAUCAACAACUACAGCCAGCACCGCCACCGCUAUCGUCGAGCCAGAUUCAAUACCAGACCCAGAAAUUGAGUCUAAAUCGAAAACUGAAGUCAAAGAUGAAACUGAACCUGAACCUAAAUUGGCGGUAGCACCAGAACCAGAGGUUGAAUCUGAGCCAGCUAUAGCCGAGCCAUCAGCUAAAUUAGUUGAAAGCGAUAAUAUCGAACAUGUCACAAGUAAUUCCAUUGAUGACACAUCAUCGAUCGAUGCAUGCAAUGCAAGUAGUUCAAGUUCAAAAAGUGAUACAAAAUGUGUAGAAGAAAAGAGAGAAAAUGCAGAAGAGGAAAAAGUAGAAGAGCACUGUGAUAGCGUUGUUGAAUCGGCGAAGGUGAAUGAAGUCGAACAAAAAGUAUCGAAUGUACAGAAUGAGGAAAAUAUUGUUUCAAAUGUUGAUUCUGGUGCAAAAACCGAACAAUUAGAUAGUGAAAUUGAACAAAUUGAUAAAUGCGAUUCGGUGGAUGAGCAGAAUGCAACGGAAAAUGGCUCCAAUGAUUGUGAUAGUAGUGAUAUUUUAGUAGAAAACAAAGUUGAAUCGGAAGAAAACGGUGCAAUAUGUGCUAAUUACGCUUGCGAUGCAGAUGAAAAACGAAGAGAUAACGAAGCCACGGACAAAUGCGAACCACGCGUCGUCGUCCUCGCCGCUGUCGCCUCCGUGAACACGGAGCCAAGCGUUGUGAACAGUCCUGAAGCGUGCAAACAAAAUGAAACCGAUAAAGAACAACAAAUAGAACCGAUCCAAAUCGAUGUACAAAACAAACGAUUGCCUUCAGCUGAAGCAAACACUGAAGAAAAUGACGUACAAACACAAGUGGACAUUGACCCAGAAACAGCGGUAAAGGAGGCCAAUGAGCAAACUGCAUGCGAAACUGCAUUGAAUGCUGGCACUAAGCAAAAUUGUGAUGACUUAGUGCGAAGUGAAUCAAUCCCGAAUAGCGAAACAAAGUGUGCUUAUGAUUUGAACGAAUGUGUUUCAUCGCCUGAAAUUGCGCCAAUCGGUUUCAAAGAUAAAUUUAAGAAAUCGUUCGAAAUCAUGGAAAAAUCCAAACAAGAGUCCAACUUAACGACGGAUAAACUGGAGAAACAAACGGACCAAGGAAACACAAAAGUUAGUGCAGAUUACAAGAUUUUCAACGUCGUCAUCGACGACGACGAUGAUGAUGAUGAUGAUGACAAACAACACCAAACGAAUGCACCUCUCGACAACGACAUCGAAUCAUCUAAUCAAGUUAAUAGAAACGAUAAACAUGAUUCAAACACAUUCUCGUCAUCCCAUCCAAAUACCAAUGAAUCACCGAGCACAUCGAAUGAUGUAUGUGAUUUGACGGAGGAAAAUACCAAGCCGAAAAUUGUAGAAACGAACUUAGAACUGACAACGAACUGUAAUUCAAUCAAAGAAACUAUGAUAAGCCAAGAAAAUGCUAUUAUACCAAGCAAAAGCAAAAGCAAAAGCAAAACCAUAACACAUUCCACACUUGACAGCUCAACGCAACAGCGAGUUGACAGUCAAGAUCGUGAAAUUAAACCACCGGCAGCGGCAGCGACGACGGCGACAGCUACUACUGAAACUAGAACAAUCAUUAUUUCGCCACACAACCAAGGCCGAUUUGAUUUAAUUAAGGGCAACAAAAAUGAUGAGCCCAAGCCAUUUUUCGGCGCUGAUUUAUUAUCAUCGAAAGCGGGCAGCUUGUAUGUUAACAAUCCAGACUUUUCAAAAUCACUUCGUCCAUCAUUGCGAGAUUUGAGCGAACUGCGAAUGAAACCGCCCGACUUUAGUCGAAUAGCCCGGUCAUCCGAAUUGCAUGUGCCCAAUCCGGACUUCACAAAAGCAUACGAUAAAAUCAACCAUGAUACUCAAAGUCAAUCGCCGCUUCCAGCCGAAGUGAAUCCAAGUAAUUUUGCGGAAAUUAGUAAAAAGUACAAUUACAUUAGUGACCUGCAGCUAAAAAACCCAUUACCAACAACAUCGAAAACCAAUGAGCCAACUCAAUCGGCCUGCUCAUCAUUGUACAUAAAAACGCCCGAUUUUGCGAGCAAAUUGCAACAUAAAGCGGGCAAUGAAUCCGAAGCUUCGCCCGAUCAGGAGCCAACGCCACAUAUUAUACAUAAAAAUAUGUAUCGACCGCAGGCGGAUAGCUCAAGUAAGACCAGUGUUUCGGCUCGUUCAACACCAACUCAUGUCGAUUAUCCACAAAUAUCGGAAGACAUCACAAUGUCUUUAGUGCAGCACGCUUCAUCGCAAGCGAAAGUAUCACAACCGAAAUCGUCUGCCCCACCGAAACCACCCACUCCAGUGCAUCGAGUCGAUUCGCGUGUUACAUCAAACGCUGCAGCUGUAGCAACAGUACCAACGGUACCAGCACCACAACCAUUGCCACCGUCGUCACAACCGCACAUCUACUCGCCAACACCACUCGAAAGACCAAAUUCACAAAGCUAUUAUCCGCAUCCGAUUCAUCAGGCGGAAAAGAGUAUGUCCGCCGCUAUGCAGAAACUCUACAAUGAGGAAAUGUAUCAACGGAAUUUAGCGGCAUCGCCAGCACAUCAUCAAUAUUCAACACCGUCGGCACACGUAUUUCAUCAUCAUCAUCAUCAUCCGCAACAUCCGCAUCAUCACAGAGAUAUUUCACCAGCGACACCGAGCCAAAAAGUCCAUCACACCUACGAACAGUACCCACAAACGGACAAGGCUUUAAUGCCCAAGAGCGUUCAAUCAACGCUCGAUACUAAUUUGAUGCGUCCAAUGAACGAUGGCCCGAUGUAUGGUCGACCAGCCUCAACGAAUAUGAUGUACCACGAACAAAAUCGAUUGAAACCAAUUCAUUCAGCAGCCGAAGUGCAACCAACGAGCAGUAGCCACGUAAAUAGUUACAACUAUACACCGGCCGGAAGACCUGCAUCGGCACAUGCCAUGAACAAACCAACCGAUUAUUACAAUCCAAUGCAUCCGAUGAAUCAAAUGAAUCCGCCGCAGAAAUGGCCAAGCCAAACGCGUAUUACACAGAGUCCAAUUUCAUCGGCACCAUCGCCACACAGCAUUAGCAGCCAAAAUACUCGCAUUUCACAAAGUCAAAGUCCCGUUAGUGCAAGCCCAUUGCCAUAUCAAAUGCAUCGACAAAGUCCGAGCAACAUGCAAUAUCAGUCGCCACAUACGACACCAAGCCCAUCUCCAUUCGGCUACCCACCUAGUCCAAUUCCCGUCAAACCGAACAAACUUCCAAUAAAUACACCAGUUAACAACAUUCCGCCACAAAAGAAACACAAUGAUUAUGCUCUUCCAAUUGCGAAUUCAGCCGAUAAAAAACAAAUGUCAAAUAGUUUGACCGAUCCGAAAGUUACCAAAGUGAAAGAAAGCAGCAGCAGUCGAAUGCAUCAUGAAUCACGCGAACAAUACCAAGCAAUGCAAACGCAACAUCGCUCAUCAUCGUCCAGUCGAAGUGCCGCCACCAAGGGUGAAACAAAGUACACAGAUCGUAUCGAUUACAGACGUCCAAACACUAUUCUCGAUCCAUACGUUUUUCGUCAAGCAUCCGAUACCGAUGUAAACUAUCAAAUCAUUAAGAAAACGCUGAACAAGGAAAUCCCAACACCGUCAUUCAAUCGCAAAAAUGCCGAUCUCAACGCUGGUUUGUCGUUGUCAUCCCGAAUAAAUGCACAUGCACAUUUAACACAAAACCCAAACGAAUUGAAUGCAACGCGAAAAGAGAAAGCCGGACCCGAAUCCAGACUGGUUUAUUUGGAUUCAAAACAACCGCACGAAAUAUACCAAGAAAAAUUGGCAAAACAAAAUGAAUUGAAUAAAUUACAGUAUCCGUCGCAUACACCGUAUCAUCCGGCGCAACAAAUGGAAAAUCAUGUUAAUUAUGACGCAAGAGCAACACAUUCGGCAUCUGUGAACAAUCAUCAAUAUGUAGCGGCACCCACAAAUCAGAGACAUCAAUUGCCGACAUUGGGUAUGUCACAGCAACCGAAGCCAAAAAAUCAAGGUCAAACCUCAGCUGAUGAACUGAAUCAUGUGCCUUACGAAACACCUGUGCGACAAAAACUGGAAGCAAGAAAGGAAAAACCAACACCACCAGUGCAACAGCAGCCACAGCAACUACAGCAUCAGCAGCAGCAGCAGCAGCAACAACAACAACAACAACAACAACAACAACAACCUACUAAUCUAUCGGUGAACGAUGUAUCAAGCACCAGAUCAUCUUCGGCGACAUUGUUUGGUCCAACGAAACGUGAAUCUCCACUGGAUUUAUCGGUGAAAACGGUAAAAACGAAGGCGGACUCGACGGGCGUCUACGAUUAUAGUCUUCCAUUGAGACGACAAGACACCAUUCCGCAAUCGCUUAAGGUUGAUUUCGCACCGAAUUUCUCCAAUUCAUCACCCGACCAAAAUCGCAACAACGCCAAUUAUCGUCCACAAAGCCGAACGGAAACACUUCCCGGUCCAGGUGCAAUGAUUAACAAUAUGAUAGCAAAUCAUGUUAAUCAUACACAGAUGAGCUCACAACCGCUAAUGGCUCAAGCAUCCUAUUCACAAAUGGAACUUCAUCAGAGACAGCAUCAACACAGUGCGCCUCAAUACAAUAUGAAUAUUGAUGCUCGGUAUAAGGCUCCGGGCAUGGAUAAUAAUAGUGUCGCAUAUCCACAGUCCAAAUCACUAGCAACGCCAGCCCAGGCACAACAGGCACAAGCACAAAUGCCAGGCCAGGUACCAGGCCAGGUACCAGGCCAGGUGCCAGUAAAGAUUCCCGCACCACCGAUGACUGAACAACAAUCGAAAGCACGCAAAGACGGAAAAAUGCCCACCAUUUUCGGUGCAAAGCCGGAAGAAUUGAAGAACUUUAAGCCUGACGACCGUACAUUUCAUCUUGAUGCAAAUGCAAAACAUGCGAACGAAAGCUCAAUUGCUGCUGCAUACAACAAAGCAAGUGGAAAAAUGAGCAUGGCACCUAAUCCAAAAUACAAUCCUAAAGACAAAGAAUUGGCAUAUCGUGCCGGUCCAAUGCAUGGCUAUCCAAACAUUCAAUCGAAUCCGGUGAGACAAUCGGAAGUGAUACAGUUUGUACCACAUCAAAGACCACCAUCGAUGAAUCGACUGCCAGAAACGACAACAACAACAACCACGGCGACGACAACAAAUGAACAAAACAAGCAACAACUACCCUAUCCGCCCUACAAUCACUAUGAUGCAGCUCACCGAGCUCAAUCGCAACCACCGUUCAAUCAUUCACAUCCGCCGACCGCUGAAUAUGCAGUUCCAAAUAAGAUGCAUAACGAUAGAUACAAAAUGGGUCAUCAAUACAUGGAAAGAAGUGAUGUUCACUACUCCAGUAACUCUGCUCCUGCUGUUGCUGUUGCCGCCACCGCCGUCAGCAAUGUGCCACAAAAGAGACCAUCCGAAAAUGGUUCAAUCGAUCCCGUUCCCGUGAAGCAGCCACGAUAUGAUCACGUCGACGAUGCGAAAUAUCAACAAAGCGUAAGUAAUCAUCAUCCAUAUUAUCCACCGCAUCAGGAUCGAAAUAUGGCAAUGUAUGCCCCGCAGUAUGUGCCCAAUAUGAAAGUUAGCGAAAAGGCAAUAAGCACACCUGUUAUCGUGCAACCACAGCAUGCAAUCGCUAAUGAAGCCAAAUACCACUAUCCACCGUAUUCAAAUAUGAGCAAUGAAAAUAAACAUACGAUGCCGAUGCGUCCGACCGAGAGCUACGAACAGUCUGCGACAAAAGUGACAAGUGCGCAAACAUUUCGACCAUCGCAAUACUAUCCAAAUCAUUAUGCACCGAUUGAGAAAGCAGCACCCUACGAGGAUGUGGCCAAAGCAAAAGCUCAAAUCAAUACAACCACUUCACAUCAUCCACCGCACAACAAUGCUGUUUACACACCACAAUCAUAUCGACAAAACGAAUGGCCACCCAGAACCGGAAACAAUGAACACCCGUUGGGAUACGGAAAACGACCGUCUUCAUAUGAACAUCUUCCAUCUCAACCGAACCGAUUCGAGUCUUCUGUUAUCAAAUCGCCCGAAUUUGCCAAGGCUGAUACAGCACUUACAGCUCCAGCAAAUGAACCGUUUCGAACAACAACAUUUACCACCACCAACAAUAACAGCACUAGCAAUAACAAUAACAACGUUCCGAAAGCCGUCGAUCAGAGUGUAAUUUCAAAAUUGCGAAACAAUUUGGAAUUGAAGGAAAUGGAAAAGCAAAAAUUGCUGAAAACCCAAAAUCAUAGCGAAAAAACAGGUGACGAAGUCAACAAAUCGGAUUUGGCUUCAAUAUUGGCGGCACGUAUCCGGACGAAAGGUGAACUGAAAGGAUUCAUACCGAUUUCGGUAAAUGAUGCCGAGAAGACGGCCAAAGAAAGUCCAACGGUGGCAAAUGUAACUGUCGAAACGUCGAUAGAAAGUAGUGAGAAAAUUGUGUCAAAAGCCGAAGUGAAGUUCAGUGACAGUUUGGCUGGGCUAGAUUUGAUGGAUUGGGGCAGUACCUGCAACGAUUUCCUUGAACAAUUGCAGAACAAUAGUAACAAACAGCGUUCGAGAGCACAAAGACGUUUUAAACUCGAUGAAACCAGUCAAUUGGAACGAAAAGCACAGGAAAGUUCAGCAGCAUCAACGAAAUCCGGCGAAAAUUCCAAUGGUGAAAAAGACAAGCCCACCAAUGUGAAUAAAUCGCAGUCGCAGUCGCAAUCGCAAUCGCAAUCGCAAUCGCAAUCGCAAUCGCAAUCGCAAUCGCAAUCGCAAUCGCAAUCACAAAGUAAUACUAACGAAACUUCCAGUGAUGAAGAUAAACCGUUACUUUUGUUGCGACAACAAAGUUUGAGUGAAAAUUCGAAAAAUCGCAAAAAUUUGUCGAGUAGCGAUCGCGAGAAAGCAUCACCAAAUCGAAAGAAAAACAAACUGGAAAAACAAUCGCCGAGCAAACGGAAUGAGAAUAAAAAACGAUUGGCCAUCGAGAGUAGUUCGGAGAGUGAAGAAGAAGCUAAUCGAUACUCAAAGCGAUCGAAGAAAAUGAUACGAAAACCAAGAACACGGUCAAGUAUCAGUAAUCGAGGUGGUGACGAUGGCGAUGACUCAGACACAACAUCGAAUAAAAAUAAUCACAAAUCGUCGAAAAAGCGAAACCGAAAAGAAAAAUCGUCAUCAGAAUCGGACGUCGAUGCCAAUCGCAAUUCCAAAAAGAGAAAAUCACUGGAGUUGAAGAGUGAUUCGGACAAUGAUGACGACGACGACGACGAUGACAAUGACAAUGAUAAUGAUGACAAUGAUGAUGAUGACGCGACUUCGGCAAAUUCACCGAAGAAACGACCGCAACCGAUGAAAGUGGAAGAGACGAUGACGAGAUCGAAGCGAAAGCGUGAACUGGAAAUGGAAAUUGCAAACAGCAAAGUGCUUCGCAACGAUAAAAUGGUCAAAUGUAAUUCUAUUACAAUGGAAAAGCGUAGUAGUGAUAACAAAUCGACGCAGGAGAAGAAACAAAAUUCAAAAUUCUCCGAUGAAAAAAACAGUAACACAAAAAACAGUGAGAAUACAAGAACACAACGCUCAAAAUCCAGCGACGGCAAGAAAAAAGCAAACGAAAGCGACACUGAAGUGACGCCGAAAAAAACUGGUCUGUUCAAGAAAAAUCUACGCAACGCUAGACAGCAAUCGUCGUCGAGCGAAAGUGAAUCGUCAUCAUCGGAAAAUGAAUCGAUUAUAACGGAACGUUUGCGCUCGCGGAAGCCAAAGAAUAAUCCAACAUCGGACUCGGAGGCGAAUAAAGACGCAAAAAAUGGGAAAAGCAAACCGGGAUGUAGUAGCUCAAUGGGUGGCGGCGGAUCGGCCGAUGAAAAACCAUCGAAUAAAAAGAGCGCUAAAAAUACGCCGAAGAAAAAUGUAGCCGAUUUGGACAUGAGCGAAGACAGUCGAUCACAAUUUCCACCCGGAUGGGAGGAACAAGCAUACGAGUAUAAACGUUCACUCAAAAUUCCCGCUCGACUCAUCACAAUUGGUCGUCCGUCAUGGCAUCAGCAUCGCAAGUCCACAUCACUGCCUGAUCUAGAUCCACAACACUCCAGCGAUGCUUCGGAAACAUUUGCCGAAAUUAAUAAAAAAUCAGCGGGUGGAUCGUCUUCAAAGAAAGGCAAAUCUGGUGAUAAAAAGGCUAGCGAUCGUUCAGCUUCGGUGAAUCAUGACAGUGAUAAUGCGGUCGCAAAUUCAAAGUCCAAAUCGAUUAUCGAUCUACUGCAUCAACGUGUCAUUCGACCGUCUGUCAAGAGCAAAAAGUCGCGCAAUCAAUCGGCACAGAAUGAGUCAAAAAUUUUACCACAAUCAAACGAAGUGGAAUUGCUACCAACGCCCGGCAAAGAUGAAGGCAAACCAGAAAAUGUCUUCAAGUCUGAGAAUGUGUUUGAAACGGCCGUUUUAAAAUCACGCACUCGAAAGGAAUACAAAGCGAUGAAAACGCAAGAGAUCAUUCGUGAAGUGUUUGGUGGUGAAGAUCGGCCCGCAUCAGCUCCUCCAUACAACUUUGAAAUUGUGCAACAAAAACUGUUACAACAGCAGCAGCAGCAGCAGCAACAACAACAACAACAACAGCAGCAGCAGCCGCCGCAGCAGCAACAAGCCCCACAAUCGUCUGUCACACAUCAAGCACCGCCAGAAUCGAAGCCGUUAACAUUCGAUCAACAAUAUCAGCAGUAUUUGGAAAAGUUGAACGUUGACUACGGCGAAAAAAUCAGAAAAGUAAAAAAUCAAGAGGCCAAAAACAAUGCAACUGAAUCGGGUCAGUUAGUGCCGAAGACGGAGAAAAUGGAUGAAGACAGUCUACUCAAUCAAGAUGAAGAUGAAGAGAGUCACGACACCGAACUCAAUGAUUGCGAACGCAACAUUGAUGACAGCAAAGAAGACGCUUGUGAUUCACUCGAACGCGGUGACACGCCAAGUGUUAUGUCCGAAGCUGACGGAGCAACACCAACGUCAUUCGCUGGCGUUUUGAAAACGAAAAAGGGACGCGGCAACCGAUAUGGACGACGCAAAGGCAGUUCAGGUUUCGAUUACAUUCGUAAGAAGAAAAAGCCAUUGUCACAGCAGAACAAUUCCAAAGAUACAUCGGUUGUUGUGAAGCGUCGAGCCGCCGUCAACUAUUUGGAAUUCAAAAAUGAGAACGAUAUAACACGUGAAAUUCGAAGCUGGGUGCUGAACAAAGGCGUUGGCGAAAGUGUACUGCACAAAGCAGCUCGAUUAGGUUACAUCGAUGUAGUUGCUUACUGUUUGGAACGAUUGGAAAUGGCACCCGAUCAAAAGGAUAAUGCUGGAUACACUCCAUUGCAUGAAGCAUGCUCCCGUGGUCUCAUCGACAUUGCAAGAGUUCUGUUGCAAUACGGUGCCAAUCACUCGGAAACCGCUCAUUCCGGCAUUCGGCCACUUCAUGAAGCCGUCGAUAAUGGAUAUUUGGAAAUUGUCCGAUUGCUGUUAUCAUAUGGAGCCGAUCCACUCUUAGCUACUUAUGCCGGUCAAACACCAAUAAUGCUGGCUGAAGACGAUGAUGAAAUGGUGUCAUUCCUGAAGAAUCAUCUGAUUGAUGUGCAAAAUACGGGUCCAAAUAAAAUGCCAUGGAAAUUUGAAGGACCAUGGAAAAUGAAUGAUCCUGACAAUAUUGGUUAUGAAGUAUUCAAUGAUUUGCCUGAGGAAAUCGAACCACCCCAAAAACCGAAUAAAAUCGUUCAAGAAGCAUGCACUUCGACUACGCCAGAGAAAGUGGUAAAAACACCAAAACGUAAAUCACCAUUGCGGCGAAAGUCCAAGCAAAAAGACGUUGUGGAGGCGAAAGAUGAAGUCGAUGAAAGCGGCGAUGGCGCUCUUGUCGGCGAUAGUGAUGCUGAAUUGUUUGAAAUUGAGGAGUCCGAUGCACCGCUCAUUCCAUUGUAUCAACUGCGAGAUGAAGGCACUACCAAAUGGGUCCUAUUGAGCGAUUUAUGCUAUUUGCUGAAGGUCAAGUCAAAAGACACUCUUCUCAAAUUGCUGUACCCCGGAUCGAGUCCAACGACUAGUGCCAGUCAAAAAGAUCUGUUGCGCGAAUUGAAAAUGUCCGAGUUUUUGGAGAAAGCCGUCUGUCUGCAGCUGUUGUGCGCUGGUGAAAAACUCAACAUACGAUCGUCAAAGGUCACAUUAGUAAAGUACAACGAAAGCGUAAAGAAUGCUCUUGGUAUCAAAACAAUAAAGAUGCGACUAUAGUUUGAGCAGAAACGAAAAAAAAACGAGAAAUGAAAAUAUGGAGAGGAAAACAAUAAUUGACUAGAGAAGUAGAAUUUGAUUAAGGAUUUUAACGAUCAAAGACGAGUUUAUUUAAAUAUGUCAAACAAAAACAAAGAAAAUCUUCUGUGUAAUGUCUUCAAUGGAGAAUACUCAACUUUUUAAUGUGUGUCUCUUUUUUUUCUACAUAAAAAAACGGUCUAUUGUUCAUUGAAACAAUGGCAAAGAUUGUCUGAAGCAAUUCCAUCCUAUGUCACACCUAAUUAAAUAUGAGAUAAUGAAAGAAGAAAAACGACAAAAAUUUAGUAGCAAUGAAACAAGGAUUCCAAAAAAACAACAACAACAACAAAACAAAUGAAAUUAUAUUUUUCGAUUUUAGGUUAUUAGAACGGUUUUUUUCUUCUCUUCUUUCAUACACACACAAACACACACACAUAUGUAUACAGUCGUAAAAGAAAUAAUAAUGCGAAUAUUUUUUCAAUAUGAAAACUAUUCAAGUAAAUCAAGUCUGCUUACUGAACCAAGAACAAAAUUCGAUUAAUGAAAAGAUAAAACAAAAUGAUAUCUAAUAAGUCGGAAAUGUCAGGCUCAUUUCCGUAGCUAAGAUUUAUUAAAUUAUAUACAUAUAGAGAGACAUAAGCUAAGAGAGACAAACAAACACACACACAUACUAAACCAGAUGUUUUUUUUACCAAGUUUCUGGACCUUUUUUUGCAUGGAAAUUUUAAUCGACGAAAGAGUAUUUUGAACUAUUUGUAGCAAAUAUACAUGGUUCAGAAUGUGCAGUAAUUUUUUUUGGAAUUUAGCAAAAUUGUAUUAGGUUAGAAUCAAAAUAAAUUUAAAUUUAUUUAGGCAAUAAGAAAAUCUCUUUAAAACUCAAAACACAAACAAACAGAAGAAAAAACAAACACAUGAGAAGCAGUUAAGAUUUUUAUAUUAUAUUAUUAUUUUAUCUUCUCCAUAUUGUUUUGUAAAUAAGCUUGAACAUUUACUGUAAGAAUGAACAACACACACACACACCCACAAUUUUAGGACUAUGUUCAAAAAAAGGAAACUCUUUUUAACAUGUAAAAUCGUUAAUUAAUUUUAAUUUAGAAAAUAUUUUUUAAUUCAAUUAAUUAACAAACAAAAAGUGAAUUAUUUUGUCUAUUGAAUAUGACGCAAAUGAGGUUGAGCAAGACAACAACCGUAGCAACGAAGUGAAAAUAUGAUUCGAAGAAAAGACGAAACAGAGACGAAUGAAAUCUAGAUGCAAAUAUGAAUGAAGGAGAUGUUAGGAAAAUGGGCCCGAUGUAAACGUAAACGUAGGUGAAAUAUGGGAAUGUGCUUUAAAUCAAUUUGUAAAUGUAUAAAAAAACAACAACAACAAAAUAUGUAUUUAAUAUGUAUUUCAAUUUUGUUAGUUAGAAAAUUUUGCUCAUAUUAAAAAGAAAACGCUAUCACACAUCUCCCGGAAUUAUUUUAACUUUUUCACACAAUCUUGUUUUUCUUUUCUAAUUCUCUGUUGAUAACAAUCCUGGCAAUUUAGUUUGUAAUUUGUUCGCUUUUUUUUCUGUUUGAGACUAUAUUCUCACGGCUCACCUAGACCAUAAGAAGCAAACACGUGAAAUAAUAAUUUAUUUAUAUGAAAAUUUGUAAAAAAAAAAUCACAGAAAAUGUUUAAUUUUUUUUGGGACUAUAAUUUCAGAAUAAAGGAAUAAAUAUUGGAAUAAAGAAAA